ACAUUAUUUUGACUGUGUUGGUUCAGUAAGUCGUGGUUGGCGUUGGCACUCUCUAUCGCUGUUAGUAUUUCGGAAGUGCACUGUAGAUUUAUGUGUAGUUUUUUUAGUUUGGUUUCAUUUCUCAAGGUUUUUCAAGUCUUUGAACCUGCCUGUGCUAAUAACCUACCAAUAUUCUUGUUACAGGCGUUCCAUAGACCUCUGUAAUGAGCGACUUUUCUUCGAAAUUUGCUCAGCUAAGCGUGCGGUCGGAGAAAAGUAGUCACAAUGACUUGUCUAACGUUCAGCGUGCCAAUGGGGAUGAAGACAAGGGUUCUAAGGGUAACCCAUGGAAGCCAAGUAAGUUAUUUACGAUGCUUAUCCCCCCAGUAGUUCCUAGUUCCGAAAACAAUUCUUUGGAAGCAGACGCUUGGCCUGAACCAUCGGCACCUACUGAACAGCGGCGUAUUACUCGCAUUGCAGAGGAAAAGCCUAAAAGUAAGUCGAAAACUAAUGUUCAUGUCUCUUCAGGAAAGUUGAAGUGGCAUAAUUACGAAGUAGAUGAUACUACUUGUGGUUUCCCUCGAGGGCGUGGUCGCCAUACAGUUGGACCGUUUGCCGGAGCUAACUACACCAGUAGUAAUGUCAGGCCAUUUCGCAGGGGUAAGAGAUUAACGUUCUGUGAUUCUUCAGGUUAUGGAGGUUAUCGAAGUCGCAUCUUACCUGAUGCAAACAGAGGUCGCAACAGUAAUGGGUUCUAUCGUCAUCCUGGUCGUUUAGGAAACGUACGGCCAGUUAGUGAACCUAAAGAAAAUCCAAACGAACCUAGUCAAAAGAAUAGCCCAGUUCAAGCUAGUGAUACAUGUAGCGUCUCAGUUGAUGUUCAUUUGAGUACAGAUGUAUCAGCUCUUGACGAAAAGGUUUCAGAUCGCGGUUUACAUCUGUCAGAAUCGGUUGAUGUGUCAGGUCAACAAACAGACACAGACUUGCAGAAUAACAAACCAAGCUCAGUUUCCUCUAUGCCUAAUCCAACACCCCGCAAAGUUUACCGCGAGAGAUCCAAUGUUUCGUCGCAGUCGGGUAGCCAGUCAACUAACAUCCCAUCUAAUUAUGAUGCAGGUCCCGUUGGCCGUGCUAGACGAUCAUACCAACGCCAGCAUCAGCCAAUGUUCCCCACCGAAACCGAUACUCACAAUUUGAAUUCACACUCUACUCUGGUUGCGAACUCCUCCAUCCAACCUCUUAUUCCCUUUCAAACUCUACCUCAAAUUGCAUAUAUCAUCCCAGGAGCACCUGCAACAAUGCUGACCCCUGCCUUACAGAUUGCACAAACACCUGCUUCACAUACAAUAAUUCCUACCGUGUCGCUACCAAACACUCAAAUCCUACCCACUCAGCCGACCAUACAACAUCCUAUUGGAGGUCUACCACAUCUUCCAGUCGAAAAUCUCCCCAUACCUAUUCUUCCAGAUGGAUCAGCUGUCCAGUCAGUACAUCCCAGUUUCAACCCACAAUCAUCCAUGACCUCUACCGGUACAGAACAACCAAUUGAUACCCCUGAAGUGGUUGACGUAACUCAGGUCAUUGCAUACAUUAACGAAGUGGGAUGGAGAAAAGUAGUUUUUCCCACAAGCCUUCGGGAGCAUCGUGCAGUCGCUGCUGCUAUAAAAGAUGCUCUAGGGUCAUCAAACAACGACUUAGCGGAUCUCACUGAAUCAGCGGUUAACAAAAAUGACUUGUCCAACCCGUCAUCUACCCAACCUCGUAGCGAUGAUGCACCUACAAGACCAAUAAAAGCUGACGAUAUUAUCAUAGUUGAAGAUCGUGUGUUUUUUGUUCCGAAAAAUGUAAAUCGAACCAAGUUUCUAAAGUUCCUAUCGAAACUGGAUUAUAUUAAGCAUCAUGUCGAAUAUUACUUCAGUGAAAGCAAUCUACAACGUGAUUCCCACUUGCGUGCGAUACUAACUGCCAAUCAAGAUGUUUGCCCUCUAUCCGAGCUGUUACAGUUCAAUAGACUUCGCUGGGUGUCCGCUACUGAAUCCGAAUUGCUAGAUGCCGUUUCCAGCAGCAACGUCUUGUUGGUCGUGCUUUCCCCUGAUGGAUCACCAGCCGGAAUUACUCGAGUUUGUCCAACAUUGGUAAAACAUUUCAAUGAAGUCUGUCCUCCAUCCGUCGAGUUCGGCUAUGUGCGUCCUGUAAAUCAAGGUGUAAGUUUGGCAACUUCGGUUUCUGAUCAAAACACAAUUGUUGUGCAAGUAUCUUCAGCUUCUGGUCAAUCUCUUACACAUCCCAGUGUUGAUCCUUCAAAUCAAAACAUCUCAAUCCUGAGUCCGGUCUCAGCUCAUUCAUUUGGAAGUCAGGUUUCCGCAAACAGUAACAACGCCCCUUUUCCAUGUGCAACACAGGUUUUGGGAGUUUCGGGUCAAUCCAUGAGCUCCGUUCCUCAUAAUUCGCUUCCGAACUAUAUUCAAUCUUCCGCUCACGUCUUGACUCCGAACAAUUUCGGGAUUUUGACAAACACUUCACCAGGGAAUAUGAUAUAUUCUAGUUCUUCACCCUCACAGCAGCACGCGUCAGUUACUUCUCCGUUCUACCAAUCCGACCUCGGUCCACAAUCUACAAUUAGACCAGCACAAGCUUUUCAUUGUCCACAACUUUACACUCAAAACCAAGCUGCUGCGUUUAUGGCCGCGGCUGCCAAUCAAUGUAGUUUGUUAGCGUCAGGACCCAGCACUACAGUUUUGCCUCCGUCAGACCCGAAUACUGCGUCCUUCAUAUCCGCAUUAUACCGCCUUGCCACUCCAGGUAGCCCGGCGCCUAUUGUUGGGACGUAUGUACCUUCCGUUGGAAAUCCUAACAACAUGUCUCCUGCUGCUCCCAAUUCAGCCGUGUUUCUCCAAUUUAUUCCAGGAGCUCAUCCUGGCCAAACUAACGCCUAUUUCGCGCCUCCAAUUAGUUGUCCGCCAGGCACAAACUCACUGUUAAGCCGUUCCGUUCCUGCACACGCUAGCGGAAUGUGGAUACCACUCAACCAAGGUUCUGGUGCGAACGGUGGUAUUGUUCCGACGCUUCCUUACCAACCAUAUGUGGCACUAACUCAGGCUCAUCCGAGCCUAUCGCUUUCCAAUAAUCCGAGUGGUAACGGAGGGUUGUACGCUGUAACGUCUUCUCACUCAUUCCCAACAGCCUUUGGAACUGUUCCUACUUUAACUAUUGGUCCUGAUGUCUCUGGCUUUGGUGUUCAGAAAGUGUUCAGUCAUGCUCAUUCACUAAGCAGUCCACAUAGUUUCACAAAUCACCAAUCACCCGUUACUUCAAACGCGAACGUGACAGCAAUAAAUACACCAACCGGACAUACUUCUCAAAUCAAUGUAAAUCAUAGUUCAGUUCCAGGUUCACAGCCAUCAAACAGUAACUUGGCUUUGGGUAAACGAAUACCUACAAACAACACUCAAACAUGAAUCUAGGUCUUUCCAUAAGAUUUUACCACAUCCCUUGCUAUGUACAGUGUACAGUUCCCCUUGUCCACAGAUUCUUUAUAACCUUUUAUCCCUUAAUAGCUAGCGACAUUUCUAAAAUUUCAGACAGUUAUCUAUCAUCUCUUUGCACAGCUAUAGCAGUUGUCUAGUCAUUAGUUCCUGCAUAUGCGAUAUCUGUACUCACAGUUUGUGCCUUGAAUCGUUUGUUUUUAACAUUUCGAAUUAUUUUUGUAAUUAAAAAUAUGCGUACUUUCUUCCGAAGCUAACCUUCAAAUGGCAUACGUAGCUAAUAUCGGACAAGUUUUUACGGUUUGCUGCCUGUGAUAUAAAUCUUUAGGUUUUAUGACUUUCGUUCAGGCUGUGCCUGUCAUCCAUUCAUUUGUAGGUAUUUUAUUCGAACUCAGAGCUGGUUGUCUUUUAAAAUGUAGUCUUCAUAUUAAUUGAUGUAUUACUUCGGAUAUAGUCCACAAAAAGUGUAAAUGCUUUUAGUUCCCAUGUGUUCAUGCCCUAAGUGCACUUCAUCUGUCUUCCAGUGUAGUGGGGUGCAAACUCCCGAAAUUAAAUUAGGUUUCCUCAUUUCUCACUUCCUGACGUCACGUAGUAUAUUUAUCCAAUUGUAGUUUACCAUUAGUAAUUCUUGUUCAUUCCAUGAAUGCUGUCCAUUGUAAAUAUUACCUUUAUCAUUUAGUCUCGAAUGUCUACAUUAUCUUUUAUGUUUAUCUUACUGGUUUCGGUACCUAACACCUUGCUAACUAAUUUGUCGCAACAAAUCUUUAGUGUUUCCUAUUAUCUUCAAGCUUUCUUAUUCUCAUUUGUUAUUAUUCAGAUUCUUUAAAAAUAAACGUCCAAAAAAAUGAUGUGUAUCCUG